CCCAAAGGCCCCCAACCCCAACCUUGCAGGAAAAGAGAGAGAGAGAGACGACCCCCCAAAUCGGAAUCCGCACACCCCCAUCCAUGGCCGCCGCCCUGCUCCGCCGCUCGCCGGCGGUGCGCGCGCUCCUCUCGCCGGCACUCUCGUCCCGCCUCGUCGCGUCCAAGCCCCACUCCUCGUCCCCCGCGCCGCCGCCACCUGCCAAGGCCGCCUCCAGCACGAAGACCUUCUCGAUCUACCGGUGGGACCCGGACUCGCCGUCGACGAAGCCGCACCUCAAGGACUACCAGGUGGACCUGUCCGACUGCGGGCCGAUGGUGCUGGACGCGCUGCUCAAGAUCAAGAACGAGCAGGACCCGUCGCUCACCUUCCGCCGCAGCUGCCGCGAGGGCAUCUGCGGGAGCUGCGCCAUGAACAUCGACGGCGACAACGGCCUCGCCUGCCUCACCAAGAUCUCCGGCGCCUCCUCCGCGUCCACGGUCUCGCCGCUGCCCCACAUGUUCGUCGUCAAGGACCUGGUGGUGGACAUGACCAACUUCUACAGCCAGUACAAGAGCGUCGAGCCAUGGCUCAAGCGCAAGGACCAGCCCCCGCAGCAGGGCAAGGAGAUCCCGCAGACCAAGGCCGACCGGGCCAAGCUCGACGGCAUGUACGAGUGCAUCCUCUGCGCCUGCUGCUCCACCUCCUGCCCGUCCUACUGGUGGAACCCGGAGGAGUACCUCGGCCCGGCCGCGCUGCUCCACGCCAACAGGUGGAUACAGGACAGCCGUGACCAGUUCACCAAGGAGCGCCUGGACGCCAUCAACGACGAGUUCAAGCUGUACCGCUGCCACACCAUCAAGAACUGCACGCACGCCUGCCCCAAAGGCCUGAACCCGGCAAAGCAGAUCGACACGAUCAAGAAGCUCCAGUUGGGUGCCCCAAGUGCCUGAAACCGAGCGUGUCUUCCCUUGAAAACGGUCGUGGAACAGACCUGUGGAAAAAAUUGGGAUGAACUUGCCACUUAUUUCGUUGUUGUUGUUGUUCUUUGGUCUUCGCGCGGUGGUUUCUACCUGCCAAAGACGAAUAAUUCCCGGCUGGGGCCCCUCCAGUCCACUCCACCCAUGCUUUUGUGUCAGGCGGAGCGGACGUAGAGCAUAGGGAGUGAAUAACCGCUACCUUAUUUCAUUUCUAUGAUGUAUCUAUCUAAUUUGGUCCUCCCCUGAUAAUGCACGACCCGUAGUGUUAACAGGCGUAUUUGGACCUUCAGGAAGUAUUUGGACAUGGCAAAUGUAUUUUGGAAUGCUCUUAUCUACCGUGAGAUGCG